AUGUCUACGGAUACUCAAGCUCAGGAAAUUGCGUUCCUACAGGCGACGUAUUGUCUCAUCGUUGUCGCCUUCGUCGCUCAAAACCACGCUGAGAUAUUAUGCAUAGCACUCAUUGUAUACGAACAUAUUAUGACAAUAUCACAAGAGACACAACUGUUACUUGCCCGCAAAUUUUCGGGGGGCGUACUGCUGUUCCUGCUCAAUCGCUAUACACUCCUCUUGUUCGGGGCGGAAAACCUGAUCUACGUAUUCUCUUGGGAUACGAGUAUGAGUCACCUGAUGCAUUGCAGGGCAGCAUUCGCCGCAAUGCGAGUCUACGCAAUUGGCGGUCAAAAGGCUCUGAUCGCCGUCGUUGUUUUCAUCUUCGGGCUCGCUCCUGCUAUCACAGGCAUUUACAACAUGUCUCAGUCGACCCACGACUACGUUACGUGGGUGGGCCCUUAUCCCGAGUGUGAUUACAACAACAGCAUAUCCGACCGUGGUUGGAACCAAUCUGCAAGAAAAGCCAGAACGACCGCAGCGCUGGUCAUGCUACUUCUUAAGGAUGAUGUCUUCCUGAAUCAGCACCACAGGUUGCUCGCCUCGCUGAACGCCAUACACAUGGCGCUAUCACUAUCAGAAGGGGUUCCCCUCCAUCCUCAUCUCCCGCUUCCUGAUGAACCUUCAGCACAUCGGCUCCGCGGUUACCGGGACACACUCCCAUCGUUCGUCCAGCGCGACGCGCCCGAAGCACAUUCGACUCUUGGCACCUUGCGGUUCAAUAGGGUCACCGGGAUAUGGGCGGAUCGACGGACGACGGCGGGCUUCCGCGCUGUUCUCGCGACGCUGAUAGACGUUCGUGAGCCCGAGGCGUGGUCGAGCUGGGACGACAAGCCCUCGCUGGAGGACACACAGGAGAGUCGCGUGUCGACGAGCCUGAAGACUCGCCGCCACCGAAAGAUCCGGAGGUUGUCUCUGACUCAAGCGGGCCUAACGGCACAUUCUAUUCGACUCAACUACUAG